AAUGUUUUUGCCCAUGGUUCAUUAGCUAUAAAUCAAUUAAAAAGUACUCGUGAAACAAAAAUAUCAAAUCAAGGAAGUAUUAUGUAUGGCACAGAUAGUGGAACUAUUGGAUUUAUUACAAAAAUGGAUCCAACACUAUGUGAUUUUCUGGCAGACUUACAAAAAAGCUUAACUACUGUUGUUAAAGAAAAAGUAGAAGAUAUAACAUCAAAUAAAGGAUUUUUUGAUGGGGAUUUUAUAAGAAAAUUUUUUGAAUUGUCCAAUUCAAACCAGAAUGCAGUUAUUCAAGGACUAACAGGAUUGUAUGAUACAGAAUUCCAGAAAAAUCUAGAAGAAACAAGCAUUGAUGUUUAUAAGACAAUUGGUUUUAUUGAAGAUUUAAAAAAGUUAUACUAAUUAACAUUUUAAUCCAUCUUA